AUGUGGUUUAAGGCAGGAUAUAUUAUUGAUGUUGCUUAGCUUGUUUGAGAAAUUAUAGCAACUUGCUUGAAAAUCAUUAUUUUUAUACAUUUAUCCCCAACAUUGCUUCGGUCGUUAGGAGUUGCAGUGUCUUCUGUAGUCUCAUCUCAACAUGUUUUCUCUUCCUGUUUUGCUGUAGGACUUCCUGACAGACCUGAUGAUGUCAGAGGUGGACCGGUGUGGGGAGAAUGAGCACCUGAUCUUCAGAGAGAACACGCUGGCCACCAAGGCUAUAGAGGAGUACCUCAAACUGGUGGGGCAGAAGUACCUGCAGGACGCACUUGGUGAGUCUAUCUAUCUGUCUGUCUGUCUGUCUGUCUGUCUGUCUGUCUGUCUGUCUGUCUGUCUGUCUGUCUGUCUGUCUGUCUGUCUGUCUGUCUGUCUGUCUGUCUGUCUGUCUGUCUGUCUGUCUGUCUGUCUGUCUGUCUGCCUGUCUGCCUGCCUGUCUGCCUGUCUGCCUGUCUGUCUGUCUGCCUGUCUGCCUGUCUAUCUGUCUGUCUGUCUGCCUGCCUGCCUGCCUGCCUGCCUGCCUGCCUGCCUGCCUGCCUGCCUGCCUGCCUGUCUGUCUGUCUGUCUGUCUGCCUGUUUGUCUGCCUGUCUAUCUGUCUGCCUGUCUGCCUGUCUGCCUGUCUUUAUUCUCCAGCCUUUAUGUGUCUUGGGCUAUAGGAGAGGAUAGAUAAAGCAAUUGGUGAGUGUAGUUAGAGGAGAUGUGAUAGGAUCUGCUGUACUGUAGGGGAGGAGAUAUGGUAGAGAUGGUAUUUGUAUUCAGGGCUGUAGAGAUGACUGCUCCAGCAUGUGAUAUUUUCCUCCAGCACAGCCCACUCUGGAAGAUGGUGAGAAAAAAUACAAUAAAUACUGUUUAUCUCUUACGCCUGGUUUGAAGUCUUCACACUGACUGGCCUCUCUGUAGACUCUUCUUUCUCAAUUCAAUUCAAUUCAAUUCAAAGGGCUUUAUUGGCAUGGGAAACAUAUGUUUACAUUGCCAAAGCAAAUGGAAUAGGCAAUAAACAAAAGGGAAAUAAACAAGGGAAACAUUAGUAAACAUUACUCUCUCUCUCUCUUUCUUUAUCUGUCUUUCUGUCUCUCAGCCCUCUUUUUCCACUCUGUCCAUCCACCCAUCCUCUUUUUCCACUCUCUCUCCAUCCAUCCAUGCUUAAUACAGAGACAUGUGUUAUCGUAAGCAAUCAAAACUUGUUCUGUGUCAUUAGGCCAUGGUUACUGAGCUGUAGUAAAGAUCAGAGGUCAUUGAGCUGUAGUGGAGGUCAAAGGGCAGAGAAGGCCUCAGGACUGGUAGACACAACAUUCCUAGCCCCUGACCCCAGAGACUGGACAUGGUGUGUAUACAGAACUAAGGGACUGCUCUCUCUUGUGUACUCAGGCCACCCGAAUAACCCAAGAGAGAGAAGCGAGAGAGAGAGAGGGACCAGAGAGGAGAGAGCGAUGAGAGAGCUCGAGAGCUCGAGAGAUGAGAGAGCGGGAGAGAGAAGAGAGAGAGGAGAGAGAGAGAGGAGAGAGGAGAGGAGAGCGAGGUAGAGAGAGAGAGAGAGAGAGAGAGAGAGAGAGAGAUCGCUCUAGAGAGAGCGAGAGAAGCGGGAUAGAUAGAGAGCUCAAAGAUCGCUCGCUAUCUCUCUCUCUCCUCUCCUCUCUCUCUGCUCUCUCUAUCUCUCUCUCUGCUCUCUCUCUCUCUCUACCACAAGGUAAGACCAAGGUUAGUCCAGUAUUUUGUUAGUGUUGGCUGUGGUCCUGGCUAUAAGCCUGGUGCAUGUUGAUGUAUUUACCUCAUUCAGCCUGAUUUAGAAAAGUACACAGCAGCAGUUUUAUCUACAGAAAAGCACACAUCCUCCCUGCAAAUUGUCUCUCUAUUUCCCACUCCCUCCAUCUCUCUCUCUCCAUCUCUCUCUUUCCCCUCCCACUCUCAUUUCUCUCUCUGUGCAUAGAUCUAAUAUCUGUGCAGCAAUGUUUUGUGUGUGUGUAUGUGUGUAUGUGUCUGUCUCUCAGGGUUGAGUUAAGAAUAUAUUGGAGCCUUAGUGAAUAAUGCAUGUGUGUUUUUCUUGGAGUUAAUGUGCUUUGAAGCCUGGGUGAAUAAUAGAACGCCUCGUCGCUGCCGAAGAUUGACUGAUUCCGGUCUGGUCUGCCAUGAAGGGGCGACACAAGGACGACCAGGAGGAGAGAGAAGGAGAGGGAGAGGGAGAGGGAGAGGGAGAGGGGGAGAGGGAGGGAGAGAGAGAGAGAGAGGAGAGAGGAGAGAGAGAGAGAGGAGAGAGAGGAGAGAGAGAGAAGAGAGAGAGAGAGAGAGAGAGAGAGAGAGAGAGAGAGAGAGAGAGAGAAGCACUUUUCCUUUCUGAUCAUCUCAAUGACAAACAGUACAGGGGAAAUGAUUAGGCCUUAUCACUGUCAAACUAAGGAUAAGAUAUUAUUUCUAUAGUCUUAACAUGGACAGGUAGAGCAGCAAGUCAGACAUCCUCUCAUCCCCUCUCGCUCUCUCUCAUCUCUCAUCUCUCUUUCCCUCUCUCUCAUCUCUCACCUCUCACUCUCUCUUCACAUCGGAAGGACAAAGUUGACAGGAAGAGGGGAAGGGUUUGUGGAAUAUUGAUGGAGCGUUGUUCUAACGUUGUUUAUGUUGUCGUUAUAUCGUCUGGUGCAUUGACUGAGAUGGAGAACAUGAACAUCAGUCAUCAGUCAUGGUGUGUUACCUGGGAUGACCCUAGUCCCUAUGGUUGGUUGACUUAUUGUUGUCAUAGGAUAGUUGGUGAUGGUCUGAAGUUGAUGUCUUGCUUAUGGAAUGCUGUUAUGGUGUGAUGUCUUGAAUGGAGACACAGUCAUUCAUUCAGUGUUUCAGUCUCACUUUAAUUAAAAGGCCGGACAUCAUUGUCCUUCUAUCGCAGAGGUCCUUGAGGGACAACAGCAAAGAGAGCCUCCUAGUGGACAAUUAUUAUAACUACCUCCAGCAACAAACUCAUUCACCUUUGGUUCUCUCAUCGGCUAAUAAUGAUAAUGACGCUGUACUGUUUGCUUUUAACUCUUGUGUGUGUCUAUGUGUGUGUGUGUGUGAUGUGUGUGUGUGUUGGUUCUUCUAUCCUUGUGUGGACCAAAUAUCCCCAAAAGUCCCCACAAGUAUAGUAAAACAAGGAAAAUGUCCCACAUCCCCAUGAGGACAAAGGCUAUUUUAGGCUUAGGUUUAGGGUUAGGGUUAGAAUUAGGUUUAGGUUUAGGGUUAGAAUUAAGGUAAGGGUAAGGGGUCAGUGGUUAGGUUUAGGGUUAGGAGGUAGGUUCCGGGUUAGGGGUUAGCGUUAGGGUUAGGGUAAGGGUUAAGGUUUAGGGUUAGGGAAAAUAGGAUUUUGAAUGGAAAUAAAUGUUAGGUCCCCAUUAGGAUAGAUUAACAAAACGUGUGUGUGUGUUGUAGGUGAGUUGACUGAAUGUUAGUGUCUGUCUGUGUCUCUCUCCCUGUGUUGUAGGUGAGUUGAUUGAAUGUUAGUGUCUGUCUCUCUCUCCCUGUGUUGUAGGUGAGUUGACUGAAUGUUAGUGUCUGUCUGUCUCUCUCUCCCUGUGUUGUAGGUGAGUUGACUGUAGUGUCUGUCUGUCUCUCUCUCCCUGUGUUGUAGGUGAGUUGACUGAAUGUUAGUGUCUGUCUGUCUCUCUCUCCCUGUGUUGUAGGUGAGUUGACUGAAUGUUAGUGUCUGUCUGUCUCUCUCCCUGUGUUGUAGGUGAGUUGACUGAAUGUUAGUGUCUGUCUGUCUCUCUCUCCCUGUGUUGUAGGUGAGUUGACUGAAUGUUAGUGUCUGUCUGUCUCUCUCUCCCUGUGUUGUAGGUGAGUUGACUGAAUGUUAGUGUCUGUCUGUCUCUCUCUCCCUGUGUUGUAGGUGAGUUGACUGAAUGUUAGUGUCUGUCUGUGUCUCUCUCUCCCUGUGUUGUAGGUGAGUUGACUGAGUGUUAGUGUCUGUCUGUGUCUCUCUCUCACUGUGUUGUAGGUGAGUUGACUGAAUGUCAGUGUCUGACUGUGUCGCUCUCUCCCUGUGUUAUAGGUGAGUUUAUCAAGGCGUUGUAUGAGUCAGAUGAGAACUGUGAGGUGGACCCGUCCAAGUGUUCAUCCAAUGACCUGCAGGAGCAUCAGAGCAACCUGAAGAUGUGCUGUGAGCUGGCCUUCUGCAAGAUCAUCAACUCUUACUGGUAAAUUCUGGGACACCACACACAAUGCAUUACCAAAAAUAUAUGUUUUUACCAUGUGUUGUUAAAUUCAUACCAUAGUUAUAUGGCCAUUGGUGAACAUUCCGCCAAUGCUUUCAACGCUUACUGUUAGCUGUUCUAUAGUUACUAUGCAUGACUUAAAUUCAACUGUUCAAACAGCAACAAAGUAUAGCUCUCUGUAGCUCUCUGUAGUAUGAGAGUGAAAAUAAAUAGGUGUGCGGAAAAAAAUAGGUGUGUGGAAAGUGUACCUACAUAUUGCCGUUAACACCUCUUCUCCCUCCCUCUGCAGUGUGUUUCCACGGGAACUCAAGGAGGUGUUUGCAUCGUGGCGACAGGAGUGCAGUAGCCGGGGGCGACCGGACAUCAGCGAGCGUCUGAUCAGCGCGUCUCUGUUCCUGCGUUUCCUGUGUCCAGCCAUCAUGUCGCCGUCUCUCUUCAACCUGAUGCAGGAGUACCCUGAUGACCGCACCGCACGCACACUCACACUCAUCGCCAAGGUCACGCAGAACCUGGCCAACUUCGCCAAGUGAGUGUGUGUUUAUGGAGUGUGUGAAUUGGUGUUGAGUGUGUGUGUGUGUCUGUGUGUGUGUGUGUGUGUGUGUGUCUGUGUGCUGUGUGUGUGUGUGUGUGUGUGUGUGUGUGUGUGUGUGCGUGUGUGCGUGCGUGCGUGCCUGUGCAUUUGAGAGAGAGUAUGUGUGUUCUAUAUACUCAGCGUAUCUCUCUCCCACCCUCCCCUCCAUCUCUCUGUCCCAGGUUUGGCAGUAAGGAGGAGUACAUGUCCUUUAUGAACCAGUUCCUGGAGCAUGAGUGGACCAACAUGCAGCGCUUCCUGCUGGAGAUCUCUAACCCAGAGACCAUCUCUAACACAGCAGGGUUCGAAGGUUACAUAGACCUGGGACGGGAGCUGUCCACCCUGCACAACCUGCUGUCAGAGGUCGUCUCUACCAUGGAACAGGUAGGGCUGACCAGGCAUAGUAGUCAUCACAUGAAAUAUACAGUAUACUGUAUAGGGACAGGAGUUUUUCCAAGACUCCAGGUCCCGAGUUUUUUUAUAGGAGUUUUUCCUGACUUUGUUACUGUCACGAUCGUUGAACAGAGUAGACCAAGGCGCAGCGUUGAAGGCAAACAUACUUUAUUUACCAAAGUGAUAACACGAACAAAACAAUAAACGAUGACGUGACGUCCUAGGUUAAACAACCAACACAGAACAAACCAAAAAGGAACAAGAUCCCACAAAACACUGUGGAAAACAGCCUGUCUAAAUAUGGUUCCCAAUCAGAGACAACCAGCAACAGCUGAUACUCGUUGCCUCUGAUUGAGAACCACACUGGCCAACAUAGAAACACAAUACUAGAAAUACGACAUAGAACAAAAACACAUAGACUCUACACACCCUGGCUCAACAUAUUAGAGUCCCCAGAGCCAGGGUGUGACAGUACCCCCCCCCAAAGGCGCGGACUGCGACCGCGCCUAAACAUAACCGAACAGGGGAGGGCUGGGUGGGCAUUCCUCCUCGGAGGCGGUUCCGGCUCCGGGCAUGACCACCACCCUCCAACAAUCCCCCCGUAGCGCCCCUGUUCCGGUCUGGCCCCGCUGGCUGGAGUUGGACUGGACAUCGGUGGAGCGGAUUGCUUGGGCUCCGAUGUGGAGCUGCUGACCAGGUACCGGUGACCCAGGCACGGGUUGUGCCGGACUGACGACGCACACCACAGGCUUGGUGCGUGGAGCAGGAACGGACCGGACCGGGCUGACGACACGCACCCCUGGCUUUGUGCGUGGAGCAGGAACGGGCCGGACCGGGCUGACGACGCGCACCCCUGGCUUGGUGCGUGAAGCAGGAACGGGCCGGACCGGGCUGGCGACGCGCACCCCUGGCUUGGUGCGUGGAGCAGGAACGGGCCGGACCGGGCUGGCGACGCGCACCCCUGGCUUGGUGCGAGGGACAGGAACAGGCCGGACCGUACUGGGAACACACACCACUGGCCUUAAACGGGGAUCAGGAACGGGCCGGACCGGACUGGCAAUACACCUCAGUACCUCUCGCCGUGCCUCUACAUCUUCCUUCCCUUUUCUUACCAAUGGCUCCCGUAACCCGGUGGCCUUCUCACCUCGUCCACGAACUCGCCCCUUCUCUGCCUCCAGCAGCCCCGUCGUCCAUGCCAUGUGCCCCCUCCUAAAAAUGUUUUGGGGGUGCCUCUCACCUGUCCGACCACGGCCCGGUUGGCGCCGCUUCUCCUCUCCUGCCUGGGUCUCCCCCUUCAUAGCCCUCCGGCAACGGACGGCCUCCUCCUCCAUAAUCUGCCCCCAACCGAGGAGGACAUCUACUAAUGUUACCUCCUGCGGGUGCUCCUGGACACGCUGCUUGGUCCUGGUGUGGUGGGAUCUUCUGUCACGAUCGUUGAACGGAGUAGACCAAGGCGCAGCGUUGAAGGCAAACAUACUUUAUUUACAAAGUGAUAACACGAACAAAACAAUAAACGAUGACGUGACGUCCUAGGUUAAACAACCAACACGGAACAAACCAAAAAGGAACAAGAUCCCACAAAACACUGUGGAAAACAGCCUGUCUAAAUAUGGUUCCCAAUCAGAGACAACCAGCAACAGCUGAUACUCGUUGCCUCUGAUUGAGAACCACACUGGCCAACAUAGAAACACAAUACUAGAAAUACGACAUAGAACAAAAACACAUAGACUCUACACACCCUGGCUCAACAUAUUAGAGUCCCCAGAGCCAGGGUGUGACAGUUACCUGAUUAGGAAAAACUGCAGGUCCCUAGUUGUAUCCUAUAUAACGAGCCUGGAGUUUACCCCUGGUCAGGUCAUGUAGUCAGGAAAAACCCCUGGCCAUAACUAAAUACAUAAUACUAUUCUCUGUGUUAGCACUGCCCUUCUGCAUUUAGUAAUGUACUGCGUGCAGUAGCAUGUUAACCUAACUCGAUUCAAUAAUGUGUACAGCACGCUAUUGCUUACAUAAUACAACUACUGCUGUGAGACUGAGUGCUCUAUUGGAAUGCUAUGAGGAGGGCCUGGGAGGACAUAGAUAUAAAACACUAUGAAUAUGUGGGAGGCAUCCACAUGGAUUUGCAGGGACACCUAGUGCAUUAGCCAUGGUUCCGCAUGGAGAGCCAUCCCAGCGCGUUAAUUAGUAGGUAUAUUGGGGGCAAAGCCCAUAGACUCCAUGUGCGUGUGUGUUGCAUCCCAUCCUCACUGAGGACAGCACUGUCCUUUCAGUUAUUAAAAAACUAUUGUCCGUCUCCAACCAAAAUCAAGUCCUUCCAGGCUCUGAGGCCGGCCUGUUUCAUUAUUCAGACUGAAGGACAGAAUCAGAGGGAGAUUAGCUCUCUGUAAUGGGGAAAAUAAUACCCCAUCCAGGCUAACUGUCUGAUACAGGCACAGGGAGGUCUCUACUGAUAUCCAAGGUUUAAGUCAGUGCAUGUAAUAGUUGUAAAAUUGCCACAUGGAUGCUUAAUAAUAAUAAUAAUAAUAAUAAUAAUAAUAAUAAUAAUAUGUCAUUUAGCAGACGCUUUUAUCCAAAGCGACUUACAGUCAUGUGUGCAUACAUUUUUUUUUUUGUGUAUGCUUAAAUGGCUUCAAACAGUAGAGUAGAAAACUGUGAAGGAUGCCAAGAAUACAAAGCCUAACAGUGAACCUUACUGGGAGGAAGUUUGCCCCAGACAUUGAUCUAAGGCCAGUCUUGCAACGCCCAUACUGCCCCGCCCUAAUGAGUUAUUAGGAUUGGAAAAGAUUCAAGCUGAUCCUAGACCUAUGUCCAAAGGCCUCAACUUCUACACAGAGCUACCAUGACCCCUGACCCCAUCUCUGACCUUGAACCCCUCUUUAACCCUCAGAGCUCCACCUCCAAGCUGGGCCCCCUACCCAGGAUCCUCCGGGAGGUGAACACAGCGCUGACCAACCCGUCCAGCAUGAACAUGACCGCUCCGUCCUCCUCUGACCGUAUGGGGUCACCGCCCAAUGCCGGGGCAGGCUGCAGCAUCUCCACCGGCCUGCAGAAGAUGGUCAUCGACAAUGACCUUUCAGGGUAAGGACAGGGUUUGCGAUAAAAGAAAAGGGAUGAGUUUGGUGUAAGGGUUAGGAAGAACAAGAACAGGUAAGGCUAGGGGUAUGGGUAAGGACAGGUUUGGGAUAGGUUAAGGCAGUAAGGAUAGGGUACAUUUUAGGAAGAACAAGAACAGGUAAGGCUUGGGGUAUGGAUAAGGACAGGGUAAGGGUUAGGAAGAACAAAAAGAAACGGGUAUAGAUAUAGGUACGGAUGGUUAAGGUGGUUUUCUCGUUUGGGCAAAAGUCUGUCCUCCAUCCUCUCUCCUCCGUCCUGUCUCCUCUGUGACCCAGAAACUGAUAAGUGGUCGAGUGGUCAGUUCGUUAGUAGGCAAACGGAAGACGGUCCUCCCCUCCUCGAUAGCCUCCUUUUGGCGAGGAAGCACAUGUGUUUUGAUAUCUGCCACUCCCCCUUUGAAUCAGCUUUUUAUUGUCGGAGGAGUAAACCAUGCACACGUUUCAAAAAACCAUAUGGUACUUAUCAUUUUAUCUAUAAAAUGUCUUGCACAACUAAUUCAAUUUUUUUGGGAUCACUUUACACAUUUAAUUUGGGAUCCAUUUCUGUAAACGCCAUUAGCCUGAUGACGCGUGAGUGGAGAAGGAGGGCCUCAUUUCAUACAACACAUUUUCAUCCACGUUCCCUCUCCUCCAUUACCUUUGACCUUUUUCAAAAGUAGGUGAGAGAGGACGGAGGAGAGAGGAUGCAGGAGUUUAGCAAAUCCAAUUCAGAAAAGGCCAAGGUUUUCUCUUCAAACUUAACGUUAGCUAAAAUGUAUCUAGACUGAUAAUGAAAGCUAAUCUCUUGUAAGUGAAUAUCUUUGUUAUAUUAGGUGAGUGUGUGAGAGAUUAAUGUCAUUGUUGUCUAUUGUGUUCACCAGUAGUCCCGGAUCAAUAGGGAUAAUUAGCCACUGUCUGUCACCCAUUCACCCUGGCUCCCCAGCCCCUGACGGCCCCACUUUAUCAGGCCACGCUAAUGUGUGUCAACCUAGAAACAGCCACUUUCCUGUCCCCUCCUUCCCCUUCUUAUCAGGCUGCCAGUGAACCUGCAACCCCAGUCAGAUUUAUGGAGGCUGGAGUGAACGAGUCUAGCGUUCUAGUAGUCCUUCUUAAUUACACCCCAUUCACAGAGAGAGGGAGAGAGAGGGAGGGGGAGAGAGAGAGAGAGAAAGGGAGGGAGGGAGGGAGGGAGGGAGGGAGGGAGGGAGGGAGGGAGGGAGGGAGGGAGGGAGGGAGGGAGGGAGGGAGGGAGCAGAGUAGGUACAAAAUAGAGAGGUUUAGAGAGAGAGUAUUAACGAAAGAGAGACAGCGGGAGGAGAGGAGGAGAGAGGGAGGAAAGAGAGGAGAGAGAGAGAGAGAGAGAGAGAGAGAGAGAGAGAGAGAGAGAGAGAGAGAUUAUGGGAACAUAAAUUGUGUCUGUCAAGGUAAUUGCCAGACAAUAAAGCUCUAGACUUGGUGGUGGAAGAGAGGGGAGGAGGAGAGGAGGGAGGAUGAGUGCGGAUCACUUAACUAGAUGUAUGACUCACAUCCUCAUCUGCUGAUGGACUGCUGUUUUUAUACCAUAUGUCCCCUGGGGUUGCUGUUGUUAUACCAUAUGUCCCAUUGGGUUGCUGUUUUUAUACCAUAUGUCCCCUGGGGUUGCUGUUGUUUUACCAUAUGUCCCAUUGGGUUGCUGUUUUUAUACCAUGUGUACCAUGUACCAUGUGUUCUGUUGGGUUGCUGUUUCUAUACCAUGUGUCCUGUUGGGCUGCUGUUUCUGUACCAUGUGUCCUGUUGGGUUGCUGUUUCUAUACCAUGUGUCCUGUUGGGUUGCUGUUUCGUAACAUGUGUUCUGUUGGGUUGCUGUUUCUAUACCAUGUGUCAUGUGGGUUGCUGGUUUCUGUACCAUUGUGGUUUUAAAGAUACAGCAGUAUAAAAAACAGUUUUACAAGCAUAUCUUCCUCAUCUUCUCUCUUCCAACGUCAUGGAGCGUCUGAAAGAGAAGGUAGAGCCGAGCGGCGAGCUUCGCGACGAGCGCUCGAAUCUCCUUCGCGUCUCUCAUCUCUCUAUCGGUCUCUCUUCUCUCAGCUCUCUCCUCUCUCUCAUGCCUCCUCUCCAUCUCCUCUCUCUCUCUCUCCUCUCUCUCUCUCUCUCUCUCUCACUCACAGGUUGGUGGACUUCACCCGGUUACCCUCCCCCACCCCGGAGAACAAGGAACUCUUCUUUGUCACCAGGAACUCUGGGAUCCAGCCCUCCCCGGCCCGCAGCUCCAGCUACUCUGAGUCCAAUGAGCCCGACCUGGGCAUGGCCAACGGCAGCAAGAGCCUGUCCAUGGUGGACCUCCAGGACCCCCGCAGCUUAGAGAGCGGCCCAGGGCCUGGCCCCUCAGACGGCCUGGGAGAGGGCAUUGUUCCUGGGGGAGUGUGGUCGGCCCGAACCCCCCAUGGGAACAUCACUGGAGGUCCUACUCUGAGAAGGCCGGUCCAGACCCCCACCACCCCCGGAUCGGAGAGCGCUCCAGGCAGACCUGCUCAGCUCCUGGCCCCCCUGUCCUUCCAGAACCCUGUCUAUCAGAUGGCAGCAGGGCUGCCCUUGUCGCCGCGAGGCCUGGCCGACUCGGGCUCCGAGGGCCACAGCUCCCACAGUUCCCAUAGCAACAAUGAGGACGGGCCAGGAGGAGGAGGGGGGAUACAUAACUCCUUCCUGAACCACGGAAUAGGAGGUGGGGGGAGCAGCGCGGAGGAGUAUGCCCGUCGUUCUGGGGAGUUUGUUGGCACGCGUAGGCAGCUGUCACUCACAGAGGCCCAGCACCAGCCCACCGUGCCCAGACAGAAUAGCGCCGGCCCCCAGCGCAGGAUAGACCAGCCCCCUCCGCAGAACAACGUCAGCAGGGGCCGCACACCCCCCAACCUGCUCAACAGCGGGCCUUACCCGCGCCCCUCCAGCAGCAGCAUGAUGUCAUCAUCCCCCGACUGGCCCGGCAACGGGGCACGGCUACGGCAACAGUCGUCGUCAUCAAAAGGAGACAGCCCAGAGACCAAGCAGAGAGCCCAGCACAAACAGGUAGAGUACUCAUACAGUAGUACACACAUACACACACUCAACAUACACUAGUACAAAGGAGUGUGUAUGUAUGGGAUAGCGAGGUUAUUUGCUGACAGUCAUGAUGGUAGCUUCAGUGAGGGCUGCAGGCCUUUGACUGUCUGGGAGGUUAAUCUCAUACUGUAUCAGCAUAAAAACAACAGAUUUUGUUUCUCAAUUAGUUUUCAGGCUAAAUAAAGCUUUAAAUAAACAAAUAAUGCUCUUUCGUGGAAAGCUUCCACUAAUACCACUUGAUCACAUGAUCCAUUGCAUGUUAACAAUGCCUGUAUAUGUGUGUGGGUGGUGUCUGAGCUCUCCUGUUAUUCUAUCUAAUCAAUGACAGUCAUUGGAGAAGCCAGUGUGUAUUAACAGUAAUCCCCAUGCUCAGUGUAUCUGCAUAGUUUAGACAUGGGAGUCUAACAGCACAGGAUCACUGGUAGAGUUAUGUAUGCGUAGGCCUAUUAUUUUCUGGUUAUGUACUAACACAAGAUAGAGAGAUUUGCUUAGAAGACAGAGGAUUUUCUCAGAGUUUUGUAAUUAUUAGCAUUAUGAUUAUUUGUGAAUGUGGCCCUUGGUUGAAUCAGGAUUAGGAUAUUAGAUACAGCAAUGUAAUGCAGAGUUACAUGCAUGUAUUCUAUCGAGUCUCAAGGCUGGUUAAUGGCUUAUCAUCAGCAGGUCAUAGUAAUGCACUCAGAUCUUGCUGAGGUGUGUACGUGUGUGGCUGUGUGUGUAUCGCUGUUGGGAGUUGUUAUAGUGUAAUGUAUCUGCUGGCAUCCUCUGGGCUGUUAUAGAUGACCUCUUAACCAGCAGGUCACUGAUAGGCUGGCUGGUCGAUGGUUGCCCCCGAUGAUCUCUGGCCUCAAGGUGACAGGAAGGACAUUUACAUUCCCAGUUACCACAAUGCCCUGCUCUCCUCUAGGGACUGAUUGAUUGGUCAGCUUAGUGAUUGACUGACUAGUGUAUCCCAAGGGUUAAUGGGGUUAAGACGGACGCCAUUCAGAAACAGAAUCGCCUUUAAUCACCGGCAAGUACAUUUUCACAUACUCAGAGUUGUACUUGGUGAUAUGGUGCUGCUAGUGAUAGACCACAUUUAGAGACAGAAUACAGACAGCAGAGUUUAAACUAAGUUUCCAUACAUUAUAUACAACUAGGUAGAGUGAGCAUAGAGCUAUAAGAGAAUGAGCAGAUAUACACAUGUACAGUGGGUAUAUGGUUGAUAUACAGUGGGUAUACGGUUGAUAUACAGUGGGUAUACGGUUGAUAUACAGUGGGUAUACGGUUGAUAUACAGUGGGUAUACGGUUGAUAUACAGUGGGUAUAUGGUUGAUAUACAAUGGGUAUACGGUUGAUAUACAGUGGGUAUACGGUUGAUAUUCAAUGGGUAUACGGUUGAUAUUCAAUGGGUAUACGGUUGAUAUACAGUGGGUAUACGGUGGGUAUACGGUUGAUAUACAGUGGGUAUACGGUUGAUAUACAGUGGGUAUACGGUUGAUAUACAGUGGGUAUACGGUUGAUAUUCAAUGGGUAUACCGUUGAUAUUCAAUGGGUAUACGGUUGAUAUACAGUGGGUAUACGGUGGGUAUACGGUUGAUAUACAGUGGGUAUACGGUUGAUAUUCAAUGGGUAUACGGUUGAUAUUCAAUGGGUAUACGGUUGAUAUACAGUGGGUAUACGGUGGGUAUACGGUUGAUAUACAGUGGGUAUACGGUUGAUAUACAGUGGGUAUACGGUUGAUAUACAGUGGAUGUACACAUUUACAGUAUCAGUAUGAAUAUAUCUAAAUGCAGAAAGAUGAACAGAGUGCAAUGCGGGAUAGUGCAGUUAUUUUGUGUACAGUUCAGAGAUGGCUUGAUGCGGUGUGCAGCAUAGAGUGCAUAGUCCUUUAGUCUCCAUGGGCCAGAUGGCCGGUUGGUGAGGGCCACAGCACGGGGGAGGUUUUGGUCAUGAGUGACCUGAACCGCCUGCCAGAGGUGAUUUUUUGGAGGUGAGGGUGAUCGGGUGGGAGGGGUCGGCGAUGAUCUUUCCUGCACGCUUCCUUGCCCUGAAGUCAUGCAGGACCUCGAUGGAGGGCAGGUGGCGGCCGAUGACCCUCUCUGUAAACCGGACAAUGCGUUGCAGUUUGCCCUUGCAGCGGGCAGACGCAGACCCAAACCAGACGGUGACGGAUGGACUCAACGAUUGAUGCGUAAAACCGGAUCAGGAUUGACUGGGACAUUUUGAGUUUUUUCACCUGCCGCAAGUAGUACAUCCACUGGUGUGCCUUCUUGGUGACCGCUGUGAUGUUCAAAUUAAAUCAAAUCAAAUGUUAUUGGUCACAUGCGCCGAAUACAACAGGUGCAGACAUUACAGUGAAAUGUUUACUUACAGCCCUUAACCAACAGUGCAUUUAUUUUUAACAAAAAAAGUAAAAAUAAAACAACAACAAAAAAAGUGUUGAGAAAAAAAAGAGCAGAAGUAAAAUAAAAUAACAGUAGGGAGGCUAUAUAUACAGGGGGGUACCGGUGCAGAGUCAAUGUGCGGGGGCACCGGCUAGUUGAGGUAGUUGAAGUAAUAUGUACAUGUGGGCAGAGUUAAAGUGACUAUGCAUAAAUCAUUAACAGAGUAGCAGCAGCGUAAAAGGAUGGGGUGGGGGGGGCAGUGCAAAUAGUCCGGGUAGCCAUGAUUAGCUGUUCAGGAGUCUUAUGGCUUGGGGGUAGAAGCUGUUGAGAAGUCUUUUGGACCUAGACUUGGCACUCCGGUACCGCUUGCCGUGCGGUAGCAGAGAGAACAGUCUAUGACUAGGGUGGCUGGAGUCUUUGACAAUUUUGAGGGCCUUCCUCUGACACCGCCUGGUAUAGAGGUCCUGGAUGUUGUCCUCCAACUUGAGGUUGUGGGAGAUGAUGGUCCCCAGGAAUUUGAAUGAUUCAGCCGUACUAACAGUUGAGCCAUCAAUCUCGAGGGGGAGAGAUAGUGGGGGGCGUUUUCUGAAGUCAACCACCAUUUCCAUGGUUUUGUCUGUGUUGAGUUCCAGGUUAUUGCGACUGCACCAGGCCACUAGCUGGUCGACCUCUCCACGGUACAUGGACUCAUCGCCGUCGGUGAUGGGACCGACCAGAGUGGUGUCAUCUGCAAACUUGAGUAGUUUGACAGAUGCGUUGUUGAAGGUGCAGUCAUUGACCUUAGAGGUGAGAACAUGCAUCCUUGCAGCGGGAUAAAGAGUCCAAAAGGUGUUUUCCCAGCUUCACAUGUUGCGUCCUGUUGGUCAGGAAGUCAGUGAUCCACUGACAGAUGGAGCUGGGCAUGUUCAGCUGGUAGAGUUUGUCUUGUAGCAGUUCUGGGAUGAUGGUAAUGAAUGCAGAGCUAAAGUCUACAAACAAUAUCCUUGCAUAUGUCUUUGGGUUAAUCAGGUGUUUGAGGAUGUAGUGUAGGCCCAUGUUGACGGCGUCACCCUCCGUCCUCUCAGGGAUUUGUUAAGCAUGUUGUUUUUAAUGUCGCCUUUCUUCCUCUUUGAAUUGCAUUAGAGAUACAUAACAGGUGGAUUAGAGAGAGACAUUGAGAAGGAAAUCAAUGCUUGAUUGAGUCGCUGUCUGGCUGCACUAACUGGUUUUCAACUCUGUCUGGAGAUGCAUGUAUUUCUAAUAGAGCACAAUGCUAUACUGAGGAGAUUGCAACUAUAAUUGCAAUCCGUGUAACACAGCUGUAAUCAAACCUGACUAGGUCUGGUUUAUGAAAUGAUCCUGUCUCAAUCCUGUAUAGAAAUUGUGAUAUUGGACAACGUCAACUAACAUCACAUUAACAUGUUACUAACUGACUGACUAAAUUGACUAACAUCAUAUAUUCAGUUGAAAUCUCUUGGCUGUCUUGGCCUUGGUAUUUGUUUGAGAAGUGUCUGCUAAAUGACGUAAAUGUAAAUGUAAAAAAGUAUCCAAUGACAAUGAAAUGACAGAGCAACAUUUGAGCUAACAUAUUUUAAUUCAUUCAAUGUAGAUAUUCAGUCAUUUUCAAAGGUUUCAGUUGCAGACUGUUUUGGAUCCCACUGGUAUUCCUCUACCUUCACAAUCCAAAGACUCUGUCUCCCUCUCACCAACUGUCAGUCACCAUAACUGACACAUCUAAUGACACACACACACACACACACUCACACACACACUCACACCAGCGUUUCUGUUAGGAAAAUGUGUUUACGGACAACGUGACUGGGAAAUCUUUAAUUUACCGGCCACCAUUUGAGAAAUUACCGAACCCAUAUGCAUUGGGUGCACAACCCAUUAGGGCUUCCUCCCACGGUGCUCAGAAUGACAGAAAUCACAUUUAGAUUAUGGUAAUGAUUCUUAACACAACAUGCAACUCAUGUAAUGAAGCAGCCAAUAAAAUUUCAUUUUCAAACAUUUGCCAAAAUGUAAUUCGUGGGGGGGUCGGGGGGGAACAUUCUAAUCAGCGCACCUGGGAAAACUUUCCUAUCGGAAAGUACAUGGAAAUACAUUUGGCCAAAUUAUAUAAUUACUCCUAUCUAUACAUAAAUAAAUAAAAUCAUUCAAAAUACUUCACCCACAAAUUUUACUUAGCGACAGGAGAAUUGAGGAUCAUUAGCUUCUUUAAAAAAAUUGCUGGGGAUUGUUUCAAAUCCCAAGCUCCUAGGCCUAUGCCUAUUUGGGAAGCCCACAAUUUGGUCAGCGAGCUUGGCAAUAGGCCUAGCUGAUUAUUGAGAUGUGGCUGUCAGUGCAAGCAUCGAAAAUAUGUGUGAAGAUAAUGUGUCUUGAGUAUAAUUUAAAAUGUUGAGACAAGAAGAAGGAGAGGGGUGUGUGGCGAAGAUUUAGACAAGUCUCUCUCCAGAAUGGCUCAGCUGUCUCCUGCCAAUUCUUGCCCAUUCAUUGUUUAAUUGUGUGAAUUGUUUGCCCUUUUUUUUAUCAAUUCCCCAUUACAUAAUAUCACCAGUAGUACAUGUACCAUUAAUCCCUGUCAUUUGGUUACAUUAAUGUCUGUUAAUGCAUGUAUUAAUUACAGUAAUUUACUGUUCUCAUUCUCAGAGUGGAAAGUUGUUUGCAGAGUUCACAAUCUGCUACACUCCUGAUAAUGUUGAGGGAGCGAGCGCGCCUGAGCAUGCAUAGAUGUACCUGGACUGCUGCGCGGAACUGUCGGAAAGUGUUUUUUAACAUCCAUUGUGAAUGAUAAUAUAUUAAAACUAUGGUUCCUCACAGAAAGCUAUUUGAAAAAUCUUUCCAACAAUCUCCCCCUCGAUAAUCACCAAUCCUCGGUGUGAAAGAGCAGUUUAAGUUAUAGGCCUACUCAGUGGCGAUUUUAGCAUGUAAAUCUUGGUAGGUGGAGAGAAUGCCAAGAGUGUGCAAAGCUGUCAUCAAGGCAAAGGCUGGCUACUUUGAAGAAUCUCAAAUAUAAAAUAUAGUUUGAUUUGUUUAACACUUUUUUGGUUCCUACAUGAUUCCAUAUGUGUUAUUUCAUAGUUUUGAUGUCUUCACUAUUAUUCUACAAUGUAGAAAAUAGUUAAAAUAAAGAAAAACCCUGGAAUGAGUAGGUGUGUCCAAACUUUUGACUGGUACUGUAUAUAUAUUUUAUUUCUUUGCUAAACAGGUGGGGCUCAAAAGCCUGAAUGACGGGGCGCCACCGAGCCUACUGCUGCAUUGGCCUAUAGGCUAUGAGUUCCAUGCACUAAUUUAUUUCGCCGCCAAUGGAUCACGGUGUAUCAAUGUGCCCAUAUGGCAGAGGCUGGUGAUCUCGCAUAAGUUUACUUUUAACUUUUCAAUUUUUAUCAUUUUAAUUCAGAUUUUUUUGAUUAACCACAUGACAAUGAUUUUGAGAAACUAAAACGUUAUUUUUGAAAUUAAACUGUUCCACAAAAAUGUGCAUAUGAAAUUCAUAACUGGUACGCAGAAUGGUAGAAAUGGUAGGAUAAAUUGUAAGCUUCCCCAAACAUGAAACUCACGCGCCGCCUAUGAAAUCUUUAUAAAAUAAUUGCCUCCACGUUUCCAUGGUCGGAUCCUGCCUAUAGGCUACUUUGAAGCAAGGUAAGACAUGCCUUAUAAUAUGAAAUAAAACAUUCAGGUUUAAAACAAUGAAGUAUGUUUUCAAAAUGCAUACUGCCUCCAGCUCACAUUGUAAAGUGGUGGGUGACGUGCUGAUAGCCUGUUGCCUGCACUUGAAUGGUGAAUGGGAGGCGUGCUUCAAUUACAAGUUGAGAAAUAAAAAUAGUAGCUCUUUUUAAUCGUGCACCAAAACUGUUUUAAACACAUGACUGAAUUUAGAAUUGUUGCUCAAUGAAUGGACUGAUAAAAGCAUGUUUUACUCCAGCAGUAACCAGCUGAGGAGCUGCAGGAGAAAUCUCACUCAAAAUACGCUCUGUAUGCAUGUGAUGUGUAGGAUAAAUAAGAUACAUAAUGACUAACGGAAAUACACACAGGCCAAUUUAAUUCCACUAAAUUAUUAAAUUAAUCUAUAGACUGAUAAGCAUGACGGUCAAAUGUAUUUACAUCGACUGGUAUUUCCAUCAAUUAAUAAAAAGCAUUAUUUUUCUCCCGGCCAGCAACAGUUUGAUUUAUCGGCUUUUAAUUAGUUUUUUGGGCUAAAAGGCUUUUAAAUUGUUUAAUCAGCCAAAAGCCAAUUGCCUGCUAACAAAAACCCUGUCACACACACGCUCACACACACACACACACACACACACACACACACACACACACACACACACACACACACACACACACACACACACACACACACACACACACACACACACACACACACACACAAACAAGCCACUCUGCUUUAGUGAUCACAUUAUGUGUUCUAUACAUUCCAUGUGCAUUUCAAGCUUAUUCCUGUGUGCACGUACUCUGAAUGUGUGGAUGUACAAUAUAUACAAAAGUAUGUGGACAACCCUUCAAAUUAGUGGAUUCGGCUAUUUCAGCCACACCCAUUACUGAUAGGUGUUUAAAAUCGAGCACACAGCCGUGCAAUCUCAAUAGACAAACAUUGGCAGUAGAAUGGCCUUACUGAAGAGCUCAGUGACUUUCAACAUGGCACCGUCAUAGGAUGCCACCUUUCUAACAAGUCAGUUCAUCAAAUUUCUGCCCUGCUAGAAAAUUGUAAGUGCUGUUACUGUGAAGUGGAAACGUCUAGGAGCAACAAAGGCUCAGCCGCGAAUUGUUAGGCCACACAAGCUCACAGAAUGGGACCGCUGAGUGCUGAAGCGCGUAAAAAUCGUGUGUCCUUGGUUGCAACACUCACUACCGAGUUCCAAACUGCCUCUGGAAGCAACGUCACCACAAGAACUGUUAGUCGGGAGCUUCAUGAAAUGGGUUUCCAUGGCAUAGAAGCCGCACACAAGCCUAAGAUCACCAUGCUCAAUGCGAAGUGUCGCCUGGAGUGGUGUAAAGGUCACCGCCAUUGGACUCUGAAGCAGUGGAAACGCGUUCUCUGGAGUGAUGAAUCACGCUUCGCUAUCUGGCAGUCUGUCUGACAAAUCUGGGUUUGGCGGAUGCCAGGAGAACACUACCUGCCCAAAUGCAUAAUGUCAACUGUAAAGUUAGGUGGAGGAGGAAUAAUGGUCUGGGGCUGUUUUUCAUGGUUUGGGCUAGGCCCCUUAGUUCCAGUGAAGGGAAAUCUGAAUGCUACAGCAUACAUUCUAGACAAUUCUGUGCUUCCAACUUUGUGGCAACAGUUUGGGGAAGGCCUUUCCUGUUUCAGCAUGACAAUGUCCCUGUGCACAAAGCGAGGUCCAUACAGAAAUGGUUUGUCGAGAUCAGUGUGAAAGAACUUGACUGGCCUGCACAGAGCCCUGACCUUAACCCCACCGAACACCUUUGGGAUGAAUUGGAACGCCGACUGCGAGCCAGGCCUAAUUGCCCAACAUCAGUGCCCGACCUCAGUAAUGCUCUUGUGACUUAAUGGAAGCAAGUCCCCGCAGCAAUGUUCCAACAUCUAGUGGAAAGUCUUCCCAGAAGAGUGGAGGCUGUUAUAGCAGCAAAGGGGGGGGGGGGGGGGCAACUCCAUGAUUUUGGAAUGAGAUCUUCGACAAGCAGGUGUCCACAUACUUUUGGUCUUGUAGUGUAGGUACUAUGUACCGUAUGAUGGUGUGUGUGUACCGUAUGAUGUGUGUGUGUGUACCGUAUGACGUGUGUGUGUCCCACUCAGCUCAGCUCAUGUGUGUGUUGUGUUGGUUCCACUAGGCCCCCUCCCCAGUGAACCCCAAUGCACUGGACCGUACGGCUGCCUGGCUGUUGAAUAUGAAUGUGCAGUAUGUAGACCAUGAGGGGAUGGAGUCCAGAAACAGAGAAGAUCUCACUCAGGCCGAGAAGGUAACAUCCCAAACCAACCUUAACCCCCUCUCAACCUCCCUGUAACCUCCCUAACUACCCCCCAGUACCCCCGUUCUCAGCACCCACCCUCUAGACACCAUCUCUACUCCCCUCAACUCCCAAUGUCAAGCCCUCACUCCUACCCUUAACCCUAUCCCCUUACAACGUACAAUCACUCACAAUAAACCUGCAUCUCUAAUAACAGAUACUCUGUUUGUAUGGUCAAAGGAUUUCAACCAUAAGGUAUUCCUAGACUCUUACAGUAAAUUGUGAAUGUGUGUGUGUGUAUAUGUCUGUGUGUGUGUGCGGAGGGAAUGCUUCCUGCUUCUGCUGCUUCUCCUUCACCUGCUUCUCAUCCCAAUGGCUGUCAGCUCUCCAUGCUUUGAUUGGCUGUCACACACACACCUCCACUGCUGAUUGGCUGUCACACACACACCUCCGCUACACAUCAUACAAACAUGAUUUUAUGAAGCAGAAAAUAGGGGAUUGACAGUGAGCAGCACUUCUUUCCAUAGCUUUAUUCAUAUUUCACGUUUGGUCCAUUGUUCUUGUGAAGGACAACGUUGAGUCAACUUUUUAUCAUAUUCUCUGGUGAGGUGUGUUCCGUUUUUACCUGGCCGACCCCGCUACCCUUGAAUGCUGCUGAAGGAUCCAGGAUGUGUGUUUUAUUAGCCAGGUGGGAUUUGAUUACAUUCCUCAUUUCUCAGCCAGCACAAAUCCUCUCCUCUUCAGGGCCGCUAACAGGUCCGGAGGGAGGUCAAGGGGAGCUUUUCCCGGCUUAUUCCUGAGUCUAGGGCUUGAGCUGCGCAGGUUGAAUCCCUCUCCUACCUCUCCUCCUUCUCUGUUCUGGAACAGUACUCAGCUUAAGUCCCCAGUUUUAGAGGUUAGGGAACAAAUUCGAGUGCUGGUGGGAUUUGGGACAUGGAAGGAAAAUAAACUCAUCUCUCUCAGGAAUACUGGUGGCUUAGAAAAGUUGGAAGUUUUACUGUGAGUGUUGGCUAAUGUCUAUUUAAUGUCUUCAACUCACUUAUAAUCCUGCCCUGUCCGAGUUUCAGUUUCCCUUCAAUAUUUGACUGUUUAAAACUUGAAAUGGAACCAGGUGGACAAAAAAUAAUAAAUCGGAUAAGAAGCAAAAAUGGUGAGGCAAUUAUGGAAAUUAGGUGAUACACCUGUCAAGGUCUACCGGAGGACCACUGUGAUGAGGAGGACAUGACAACGAUUAUUGUGAUGAUAACGAUGCCGGUUAUUGCUCUCUUCACUGACCACCUCUACCUAGAAACAACAAUUGAAUGGGCCAGUAUGGGUUGGCGCCAUUGACAUAUAAGUAUCGGUUUGGCAUUGCUGAUGAUGAUGAUUAUGAUGAUAAUAAAAACUCUAACUCUCUCUCUCUCUCUCUCUCUCUCUCUCUCUCUCUCUCUCUCUCUCCUUUCUCUAGUACCAGCAGGAGGUGGCUGUAUUGUUGUUGAAGAUGAUUCUGACUCUUCCUUUAACCCUGUCUGUCCCCCCCAGUACCAGCAGGAGAUUGUGGUCCUCCAGGAGAAGCUGCGUGUGUCGGUCCAGAAGCUGGAGGAGUACGAGGCUCGUCUGAAGGGUCAGGACGACGGCGCUCAGAAGGUUCUGAUGGAGUACCAGGCACGGCUGGAGGAGUCUGAGGAACGCCUGAGGCGACAGCAGGAUGACAAGGACCUCCAGAUGAAGAGCAUCAUCAGCAGGUACGUCUGGGGGGAUCAGACCCUUUCCAGACAGAGACUGGUGAAAGUAAGAGAAAGAGAGAGUGAGAGAUGGAGAAAGUGAGAUGGAGACGGAGAGAGAAACAGACUGAGAGAGAAAGAUUUGGUAAGAGAGAGUUUGGUAAGAGAGACCAAGCAUACGCAGAGGGAAAGAGGGGGAGAGGGAGUGUAGGGCUGAAGAGGGGGAAUAGAGAGGGGAAGGAAAAAUAGAGAAAGGGGAAAGAAGAGGGGAAGGGGAAAAAAGAUAAAAAGAGGGGGAAAAGGGGGCAAAAGGAAAAAAUUGCUCCUUUUCUCUUUUCUCAAUUUUCUCCCCUUUUUUCCGCUCGCUCUUUUUCCCGGGCCUUCUUUCUCUCCAUUCGCGCUUUUUUCUCUCUUUUAUCUCUCCUCUCUUCUUUCCCCUCUCUCUCUUUUUUCGUUUUUUUCCCCUCUAUUCUCUCUCUCUUCCCCCUUUUCUCCUUUUUCCUCUCUCUUCUUCUUCCCCCCUCUCCUUUUGUCUCGCUUUCCUCUUCUCUUUUCCCUUCCUUCCCCUCUUUUUUUCCUCUCUCUUGUUUCCCCUCCCCUUUUCCUCUCUUUCCUCUCUUUUUUUCCCCUUCCUCACCGGGGGCCAAACCUUUCCCCCUCUCUCCCCUUUCCUUUCUCCCCUUCUCUCUUCCUCUUUCUCUCCCCUUUUCUUCUCUCUCUUCUCUCUCUCCUCUCUCUCUUUCCUUUCCCUCGUCCUCCUCGACCCUUUUUUCCCUCUAUUUUGGGGUCGCUUUUGGCCCUUCUCUCUCUCCCCCUCUCCCGCUCUCCUCUCCUGUCCCUCCCCCUUCUUCUUCUCUCUCUCUCUCUUUUCCUUUUCUUUUCCUCCCUCUUUUUCCCUCUCUCUCCCCCCAUUCUCUCUCUCUCUUCUCCUCCCCUCUCUCCCCCUCUCUUUUCCUCUCUUCCCCUCUUCCUCCUCUCCCCUUUUUUUCUCCUUUUAUUGUUCCUCUCUCUCUUUUUUUCUUCUUCGUUCUUUUCUCUCGGGAAAAAUCUAGAGGAUUUUUUUGUUUUCUCUUCUUUUUUUUCCUUUCUUUUUCUCCUUUCUUUUUUUCCCGGCCACACCCUUCCCUUUCCCUUCCCCCCCCUUUUCCCCCCUUUCCCCCUUUCUAACCCCAAUUAGAGCCUACAUACACACACACAAGCACACACACACAAAACUCAGUACAUACACAUUUCACAAACUCAAUUAAAGUGAAUGUACUGUUAUCCAUAUUUCUAAAAUGCCUUGCAGACCAGAGUGCCGAGAUGCACACACCUCUCACAAACUCAAUUAGAAGUUGUACACCCCUACACACACCUCCUAAAUGCAUAGCAGACCAGCAGUCCCAAGAGACCAACCUCUUGUACACUCAGUUACAGUCUGUAGUCUGCCAUACAGCUGUAAAGUACUGCCAAACGUGUGUGAGCUAGAGUAACAGACAGUACACACAUCACACAAAUGAUUCUGUUCUGUAUCCACAUACUCUACCUUAGUCCUUACACUGGGUGUCUGUUGUGAUUUGUGUUGCUAAUGUCCCAUUAACAGGUGUUGUGUGUGUGUGUGUGUGUGGUGUGUGUGUGUGUGCUUGUGUUGUGGUGUGUGUUUGUGUGUGUGUCUUGAUGUGUGUGUGUUUGUGUGUGUGUGUGUGUGUGUGUGUGUGUGUGUGUGUGUGUGUGUGUGUGUGUGUGUGUGUGUGUGUGUGUGUGUGGUGUGUGUGGGUGGUGUGUGUGUCCAGGUUAAUGUCGGUGGAAGAGGAGCUGAAGAAAGAUCACAGUGACAUGCAGGCUGUGGUCGACUCCAAACAGAAGAUCAUUGAUGCACAGGUGAGAGUCAGUCACAUACACAACUCCAGUCAGUUGGUUGACUGUUUAAAGCCCCAUAGAGAGAGAGCAGGGCAGUCCCUAGUGUCAUGAAACUGUACUGCAGGUCAUUAUAAGACUCUUAGAAUGAGUUGAGCACACACACAUUUCCUGUCACACACACUUCCUGUUUGCAAUGUUUAAACCUCAUAGAGAGACGCUUGGAGAAUACCCAGAAGCCCAUGUAGCGCCUAGUCAACUGUGCCCAAUAUAUUGGGAUGUAUUGUUAUGUGUGUAUAUCCGUCCCUUUCGUACUCGGUGUGUGUGUGUGCGUGCAUGCAUGUGCGUGUGUGUGUGUCGUCUGCUACAGGACGGGAAGGCUGACAGAACAUGGAAAUACAUAGAGAUGUUUAAUUCAAGCUGUCAGAUCUCUGUGGCAGUGACUAGGCUCGGAUGGCUGAGCGCAGCACGACUCUACGCUUUAGUCUUACAGACUAACUAAUAUCUACAUUUACAUUAUUCUUCCAGCCUGUCUGUCGACAAGCGUGUUGCGCCACAGUGACUCAUUUUACACUGUACAUUCUAUCUACUCCUGACAGUGGAGUGGCAGCUCUGUGUUGUAGCAUUGUAGCAUUUUCUGAUCCAGACAUGUUGCAUAAACUUAUGAGUUAUGUGAGUUAAACAAAGUUGAAGAGAUCUAGUGUUAAAAGACACCUCAAUGUCAGCUCACAGACAGCGAUGCACACACACACACAGCUCAUCCGCACGGUAAAGUAAUGGGAGUUGAGUGUGGAAACAAACUGGCGGUGUUAAGGUAAUGAGCCGCUCCCUGAGUCAACAGACAGAGAGAAUAAAUAUGGAACGCUCAUUAAGGAGCGAGGGAGAGAAAUAAGGGAGAGAAGUGAAUAGUGAAUUAGAGAGCACCUCGGGUGGAUGAAUGCGACAGGACUUUAGAUGAUACAGUAAACAGCACAGACACUAACAGGAGCAGGAGACUACAAUAAAAUGUUUCCAUGAAUGUGUCUGGUUGUCUGGCUGUCUGGUUGUCUGUGUACUUCACCGCCUAUCUUUGCACAGGCCUAUAUUUGGUAUCUCUCUCGUUGCUGUUUGCUGCUCUCACUCUACCCCCUUCUUCCGUCUCUACCUCUCUAACCCAGUGUUUCUCUCUCUCUUUCUCUCCCUCUCUGCAGGAGAAGCGUAUAGCGUCUCUGGACGCGGCCAACGCCCGUCUGAUGAGUGCCCUGACCCAGCUGAAGGAGCGCUACAGCAUCCAGACCCGUAAUGGCAUCUCCCCUACCAACCCCACCAAGCUCCAGAUCACUGAGAACGGAGAGUUCAGGAACAGCAGCAACUGCUAG